CGUGAGCUCAUCAAACAUGGCAGCGCCGAAAAAAAAGUGUUAUAAAAUUUCCGAAAUUUCAUCAAAGUACGGUUAUCCAGCAGAUAUUGAACUGGUUUAAAGUUUUUGAAGUUGAGAAGCAAGGAUGUUACGAGCACUCUCCGUGCAGAGGGUGGGACUCUCAAGCCUUUCAACAUGGAACAAAUGGUACCGAUCUUGUCCAAUAUCGUCAAGGAUUGUUUUCAUCAAGACGGAUUCAUCCCCUCUUGAUAUUGCUUAUUGGAGUCCAAACUUUCAUCACAAUGCCCAGGAAGAGAGAGAAAAUGAUUCGAUUAUCCUUGCAAAAAUACAAAGUCUCUCCUACUACAGACCUAUUCAAAGAAACAAUUCUCGUGCAGCGAAAUUGGGUAGUUUAGAUCAGUUAAUUUUCACAUCUCACUUGCAAAAGAAGAUAGACGAAGCUAGUGACAUACCCUCGCUAUUGGGACUGUUUGGUUCUGAUGCGGGUGAUGUUUUUGUUGACAAUCGAGCAAAGCCCAAUCUGUUGGUCCACUGGCUGAAGCGGCUAAAUGAGAUGAUAACAGAGCAAGGCCUGACGCAAGAGGACUUGGAUGUUGUUAAAUCCCACGAGGAUUUUCAAAAACUGUUGCAGCAGUUGGAUAGAAACAUGACGAAGAUGAGGUCAUCUGAUGUCCUCGAUGGUCUGCAGUGUCUCCUCGAGAUUUUUCCUGACGACAAUUUAACAAUUGAAUCAUUUGAGAACCAUAUACGUUGGUUACUCCGCAAGAUGUUUUUGAUAAAUGUAGAAAAAGUUCUCAUGAUGCAUAAAAAGCACCAGGAGACUGUAUUGCGUCAGGACAUGUUGAAAUUUAUCCAGGCGAUUGAGGAGAAGCGUUGGGGAGAACUUCUGGACCCAGCCGAUGUGAUAACGCUCCUGUACGACAAACACGAAAACGUCUCCGAACGAUUUGUGUUGAAAGUUGAGGAAAAGGCGCUCGAUUUGUGCGGACAGAUGUCGACGAAGAACCUCUACCGAGUAAUAUAUCAGUUGGCGAGGAAGAAGAACGGAAUACUCCAGUCCUUCGGGGCGCCAUGUAUUAUCUUGGAUGUCAGCCGUCCAUUAGCUUGUCUCCAGUGCAUCUAAUGAAUUUACUCUUUGCUCUGACGAAUUUUAAACUCUAUCACCCCGUUUUGUUUGAAAAGCUUGCCGAAUCGGUCAUUGGUGAAAUGAAUCGCUUUGAGCCCCAUAUGGCAAGCAGUGUGCUAACUUCCGUUGGCGUUGCAAAAUUUCGCCAUCCGAAACUCCUGGACACUCUCACAGAAUACUUCCACCAACGCUUGGACACUGUUUCACCCAGCGAUCUCUCGUCACUUGUGAUAACCCUUGCCAACUUGAACUAUCAGCCGCAGACAUUAUCUGAAUAUUUCCCCAAGUUUUUAUCGCGUUUGAGGCCUCUUCAGCUUGGUGAUCGGAAAACAUGGUUGGAUGUUGUGUGGAGUGCAGCCAUCUUGAAUCGUCUGAGUUCCGAGAUGGCAGAGUCUGUGUUGACGCCAGAGUUCUAUUCAGGAUUCUCAGAAUUGGACUCAUUCAGGGCAGCACCAUGUCACCUCAAGCUCGCCAACAUCUCGGCUUUAGUCAAGUGUGAUCUUCCAAACUACUCGGGACCAAUGCUGCCCGAUGACUAUCUCAAGACAAAAGAUUUAAAUGCGAGUAUGAAUAGACUUUCUAAGAGAAGCAAACGACCCUUCCAUACCAUGAUCUUGGAGACGCUGUUGAAUUUUGCACCUGGGGAGAAGUAUGCUGCAACAAAUGUGAUGACACCAUCUGGAUCCACCAUCGAUGUGGAGCUUGUCAUCAAUCGGCAAGGUGAGGUCCUGCCUUUGACAGAUAAAAAGCCAGAAGUUGGCGAGACUCGGUCGUUCAGGAUAGCAGUGCGAGUGAAUGAUUUCCAGGACAUGACGAUAUACACUGUGGUGCCUGAUGGUGUAAGUGUGGUCUCAGCCCGUCUGCUCAAGGAACUUGGCUAUAAGACAGUAGAGGUGACCUACCACGACUUUCCAAUUAAAACCACAGUUGUCAACAAAGUGGCUUACCUCCAGGGCAAAAUCAAAGAGGCAGCACAAUAGACUGGAGGAUGAAGUUUCAGGAGAGCUCACGUGGUCCACGACGGCAAAUCUGUGCUGGAGACCUAAAACUUAUGACCAACUGAGAUCAUAGACAUUUCAACUUUUUCUGUGAGGAAAUAAUUUUAGGCUCAUUACAAGUUCCCCAGCUAUCAAAUAGUUACAACAUCUCCUAGCAGGUGGCGUUGGUUGCAACCUACAACAGGGUUGAAGUGGGCUCUGGCAACUGAAGUGCUGGAAGAUUUUCCUAGACUAGAGACAAGUAACAUGUCUCCAUUAGAUCUCACCAAUUCAGAAAUAUUUCUAGUCAAUCUUGUGCAUAAAAGAUUUUCAUCUUUCCGCUUUCCACCCACUGGUUUCCACCCUGCAUAUGCUUUCUUGCUCCCUUGACAUCAGCAUCAAGUUGCUCUGUGGCACUUUGGUUGGCUGACCUUGGCCUUGAACUUCUCCCCGGCUCUGUCCUCCCUGUGGAGGAUGAUUCUCACUCCAGUUGAAGUACUCUUCCUGGUAAAGUGGUACAUCCCUGCAUGAUUGCUGGUUGAUGGGGCUGUUGAUGUUGACAUGCGAGGUUGACCAACUAACGAUGGAUGACUUGGGAUAUAGCUUUGCUCCUGCGAUAUGAAACCUUCUCUCCAGGGCAAUCUCCCAGCCACAGGUGUUGACGAAAAUGGUGACUGCAGGAUAGCUGUGGUGUAUGACGGUUGGUGUAACUCAUAUGGCGACUGACUGAAUGACGAUGACAGACUUGAAGAGCCUAACGAAUGUGGUGUAGCGGUGGCAUGGCGGCCGAGUUGAAGUAUAUGGCGACUGAUGACUUGGCUUGGAAGAGUACGCAUGUGGCAACUGAGGAGGAACAGAAAGGCUCGAUUGCUGAUAAUGACUCAACGGCUGAUGAACACUCUUGUGACUGACUCGGAACGGCAGGAACAUGCGACUGUGACUGAUAACUUGGCAUGUUUUCUGAUGGAGUACAUGGGGCCAUCUGGGCUUCAUUCCUGGUCUCAUUAGUGGCUUUCGUGGCUCGGUAAUAUCCAUCCAAUUCUUCAUAAGACUCACUAAAUUCUGCUUCCAAUUUCUCCAUCUCCUGACAGACUUUAUCGAAGUCAUUUAAAUCACCCCCUGCCAUUAGUUCGUAUGAUAGUGACGUCAUCUUCUCGAUAGCUUGUUGUUGCGCAGAGUCCACUAACUUUGACAUCUUAUGAAUCUGCUCAGGUGCGACGUUCUGCGCCAACCCCACCAGCAACUUCUUCCGGGUUCUUGUGAAUGCAGACUUCAGUUUGGCUUUCUCGACCUUCAAAUUCCAAACCCUGUUCAUAUGACCCUCAAAAUCACUCUCAACCUCAUACUCAUAGUACUCUUCUUAAUACCCUCCAUUGCCGGCCUCGGUGUCCACGGCCUGGCCAUGUGCAUCACGUACAUUUCCUGUACAUCUCCUGUACAUUUCCAUGAUCAUGCAUGUUCGUUCUCGGGGGCUUCUCCCCUUCCCAUUUCACGGUCUGUUUUCUCAGCCAUUAUUACCUGUCAGGUUCCGUAGAUCGUUUGCAACUACGCUCUGCUACCAAUGUUUCCGUGGUAACGAAGUGAAAUAGCUAUAAAUGUCUGAUUAUAUAAUAUAUUGAAGUCAAAGUUCCUCAUUUACAAAAUCAGAUCAGCGCCAUGCCUUCCGGAUGCUAUACGAGAUUACCUCUUCCCAAAUACAAGGUUGCUAUCUGCAGAGACACCUAGAUACAUUACGUAAAGCGCCUGGAGCCGGGCAAAAGUUACCAUCAGCUAAGGGUAGAUGGCAGCACCAGACGGCGUCGAAAAUUAAAGUGUCUUCGAAGACAGAUUGUGCCUAUCAUAAUCAAUGAAGACAGACCUCUUCAGGACAAGUAUUUUUGGUUUGUAAUGAAUAUUUUGCCGUAUAGGGUUUAUGAUGCCGAAUAAACUUGAUGUUAAGGAUUUCUCGAUUUUGUUCUUUUUGUCCUGGAUUUAUCGGCAGCAUGUCAAUUACUGAGACAUGGGAACAACGUUGUCUUCAUAAGGGCAAUGAUAAUCCCAAUCCUAUCCCAGCCACGAGAGACAUAACAGACCGGAGGCAAGGGUGCCUAAACGGACACCAUUCAUGGACAAUUUGUCUCGGUGGAGGCAAUGAUAGUCACAAUCCGAUCCCAGCCAACCGAGACCGCACAGACAAGAGCAUCAAA